AUGGAUAGACCUAUAGAUGAAAUAGUAAAGAGCUUGUUGCAAUUUGUGGUCCGUGGUUUUUAUUCGAAUUCGUAUGUCUUAGUUCUUGAUGCGAUAUUAUUCCACUCUGUUCUUUCAGAAGAGGAUUUGGCUCACCUGUUGGGUAUCAAAAGACCUGAAUUACGGGCACUUACUUCUACGUUAGUUGAUGAUAUGCUGGUGGCCACCCAUUCGCAACAGGAGUUUUCUUAUAAUUCUAGAAGUUUAAGGCGCUACUAUUAUUACAUUAAAUAUCCUCAAGCAAUUGAUGCUAUUAAGUGGAAAGUGCAUCAACUAGUUUCUAAAAUGAAGGAAGAUUUAGACAGCAACAGUGCUCCCCAAGGAUAUAUGUGUCCUGUGUGCAACUCGAAGUAUAGUCAGUUGGAAGCGGUUUCACUACUGAAUUUUGAGAAAACUCAGUUCCUGUGCAGCUUGUGUGAAGAGCCACUGGUUGAGGAUGAUUCUGGGAAGAAAUGUAAAGAGAAACAAAUGCGCUUGAAUAGGCUUAUGGACCAGGUACAGCCCAUAAUUGACUAUUUGAAAAAAAUUGAUGAUUCUAUGAUUGAAGAGAACACUUUCGAAACAGCAUUGGCAAGACUGAUCCCACCUCAAAAUAACUCUGCUGCAUCCUACACAAUGAAUCCAAGAACUAGAAGGAGUAAAAUGUUCCAGCCUGGCGAAUCCCUCAGCAACGAAAGCAGCAGGAGGGCCGGUCAAAGAUCCCAGGCCACAUUACAUGUUAAUAUUACUACUGCAAGCGAUGAGCUGGCCCAGAAAGAACUACAGGAGCGUAAAGCGGAAGAGAAGCGGAAGCAAAAUGCAUUACCUACAUGGCACGAAAACAGUACCAUUGGUAAGAGUUUGGGUAGAUUAGAUGGUGAUGAAGCUGAAGCAUCAGGUGAAAGUGCCCCCAACAGUGCAGAAGUCAAGGUUGAAGAAGAAAUUGAUGAAGGUCAAGAUGAAGAAGAUGGAAGUAACGAUUUUGCAGAUUACAGACAAGGUGUAAACCAACAAACUCUCGCGAACAAGGAGGCCGAACGAGCCCUGGCAGAAUACUACGCCAAAUUGGCUAAGAAACAAGCUAUGGAAGACGAAGAUGACGAUGAAGAUGAAGAAGAAGAUGAGGAGGAGUUUGAAGAUGUUAUAGGAGAUGGAAAUGGUGAGGAAGAGGAGGACGAAGAUAUGAAAGAUCUUGAAGAGAUAGGAUUAGAGAAUGUUACGAAAGAUUCCGUAGUCUCCAACAACGAUGAAAGUGGUAACUCUGCUCGAACAGAUGAGCAGCAAGAUAAAGGUAUGAACGAUGAUGACGAUGAGGAUGAAGAAGAACUGGAUGCUGAGUUUGAAGAUGUAUGA